AAAACAGGCAUGGGUUAGGGUUUGACUAGGAAACGCAAUCGAAGUUUUUGAAAAAUUGUGCGAGUUAAUACUUAAUAUCCAUCGCCGCGGGAAGAUCGUGGUAUUCCGGCAGGCCAUCCGCGCUCGCGAUCUUCCAUUUUGUUUCUGAAAUCCGUGCAUCGAAGGAGCAGGUGCCGGUAAAAAUCGCUUUUGCUCCCUCAUCGAACCUGCUUUUGAUGCUGACGGGCUGAUGGUAAUGAAGGGUAAGUGCCUCUCAACGGCCGGAUCUGGUGACCAGAAUUUCCGGAACUGGCGAGGGGAGGCCCAGUGAUCUGCAGAUCUUUUUUACCCCCUGAAGGAACGCUGUCUUAGACUCUGAUUGCUCGGGCAGGGAGUUCGGUAAUGAAUUCCGGGGGUGAUAUAUCCGGAAAUGGCCGGAAUCCGGUGGCUCCUCCUCCUCCUCCGUCACGUCCUAACUCGUCGUCUUCCGCAUCGCCGUCGUCCUCCUCUUCGGCUAUGUCCGCACAUGGGCAUUUAGGGUUCGAAUCUAUUCAGCAGCUGCAGCUUCAGCAACAGCAGCAACAACAACAGCAGCAACAUCUGGCCUUUCGACAGUCUUUGCAACAGCAACAACUGUCACAACAGCAUCAACAUCUAAGAAGAGCUGAAGUAGAAGAUUCUCUCAAGGCUUAUCAUACUGGUGGUAUGCAUGGAGUAAUAGGCAGGACUAACCUCCCUUCCUCUUCUAGUGCUAUGGCUAUGCACCAAUCACAAAGGAAAUUUGAUGAUGCCUUGGCCCAGCCAAUGGAUGAAAAUCAGAGCAGAGCGCAAGUCUUAUCUCAGCAAAUGCAGAACCCUGUCCAUCAAGCCUACCUUCAGUUUGCUUUGCAGAAUGCUCAACAGAAAUAUCAUGGGAAUCUGUUAGCCCAGCAGCAAGGUAAAGUUGGACUGGUUGGCUCUACUCGGAGGGAUCAAGAUGUGCCUAUGAACACUUUGAAAAUGCAGGAUCUUGCCUCCCUUCAGGUUACCAACCAGGCACAUGCCACUGUAUUUAAGAGGCCAGGUGAAACUUUUUCACAUUUUGAGAAGCAGAUGGAGCAAUGCCAAACUAGUGUAGAUCAGAAAAGUGAGCUAAAACAUCCUCAGAUGGUUACAGGACAAUUAACUGCAACAAAUGUGACAAGGCCUAUGCAAUCUCUAAAUUCUCAACCAAUCAUGCAGAAUACUUCAAGUAGUCAAAUGGCUAUCCAGUUGCAAGCAAUGCAAACUUGGGCCCUGGAGCAUAACAUUGAUCUCUCUCAUCCUUCAAACUUGAACCUGAUGACUCAGAUUCUUCCACUUUGGCAACAGGGUAGAAUGGCGGCAUUUCAGAAGCACAAUGAGCCCAAUAUGGCAGCUUCUCAGCCAAACUUACCUUCAUCAAAGCAACAAGUUGUAUUUUCACAAGGUGGAAAUGAAAAUACUGGACAAGGAAAUUCAUUCGGUGAACUUGUUACUCAGGGUGGGACUGUCAACAGCCAGAAAACAUUUACUCCAGCAUCAUUAAUUAAUAAUGGUGGCUCUGCCAGUGAACCAAACUUGUAUAAUAUGCAAGUACAACAGCAAUCACUGCCUCUAAGCAGGGAAAACAUUAAUGAUAAAGUUGUUAAACAUCUGACUGCUGUUGGAAAUGGUGGUUCAAUGAUGCAAAUACCGAAGUCUUCUAGCAUUCUCAAACAAAGUUUUGACCAGCUAAAUGCAGAUAAUACAAUUAUGGGCUCUGAUGCAUUGAGGAUGCAGCAUACAAAGUUGGAACAAGGGACCCAAACAAUGUCUCCACCUGCUGUUACUUCUAGUGAGGAUGUGACUGUUCAGAUACCACCUCAAAUUGGAUCUAUGCCUAUGCCCCACCAGUCCAUUGGAUUUACAAAACCACAGUUGUAUGUCUUAAAAGCACAAAUAUUGGCCUUUAGGCGUCUUAAGCGUGGCGAGCAUGCUCUUCCUCCUGAAGUUCUUCAAGCAAUUGCACCACCACCACUUGAUAACCAGUUGCGGCAAGUUUCACCUCCAUCGGGUAUGGUUGCUCAGGAAAGACACGCUAUGAACAGCAUUGAAGGGCUUGCAAGGCAUGUGCAGACUGAUGAUAAGGCUCCACAGCUUCCUUCUGUGCGAAAAGGCCAUAGCUUUCCUAAAGAUGAGUCCUCUAUAGAAGAAAAAGGGGUCAUUACCUGUCACUCACAAUUAACAACAGGUAUUACCAGUGAAUCUGCACGGGUUGCAUCCCAGGUGAAUGCUGAGCAAAACAAUAAGUCUUUUGUUAAAUCUGAGCUGCAAGAUGUUGAAAAGAGUAGCGAAAAUGUAUUGACCAAAGGUGAUAACAGUGUUGAGAAGGUAAAAGCAGAUGCUGGACAAACAGAAAAACCGGCUCCUAUAGCCAACAUAGCACUUGCAAAAGAUGCUUUAGUAAGGAAGUAUCAUGGUCCACUUUUUGACUUCCCUUCUUUCAUAAAGAAGAAUGAUUUGGGAUCUAAUACAAUUAAUUAUGUAAGCAAUUUGGCGUUAUCAUAUGAUGCAAAAGAUUUGCUAUUUGAUGAAGGUAUGGAUGUACUCAACAAGAAGCGGGCAGAAAAUUUGAGAAAGAUUAGUGGCCUGCUUGCUGUUAACUUGGAGAGGAAAAGAAUUAGACCUGACCUUGUGUUGAAACUACAGAUUGAAGAAAGAAAGCUCAGACUUCUAGAACUUCAAUCUCAUUUAAGAGAUAAGGUAGAUCGAGAACAACAAGAGAUAAUGGCGAUGUCUGACAGGCCAUACCGGAAGUUUGUCAAACAAUGUGAGCGGCAACGCAUUGACCUCAUCAGGCAAGUUCAACAGCUCCAGAAGGCUUCAAGAGAAAAGCAACUAAAAUCUAUCUUUCAGUGGCGUAAAAAGCUUCUGGAGUCUCACUGGGCUAUUCGUGAUGCAAGAACUACUCGCAAUAGAGGAGUUGCUAAAUAUCAUGAGAGAAUGUUGAGAGAAUUUACGAAAAGAAAGGAUGAUGAUAGAAACAAAAGAAUGGAGGCCUUGAAGAACAAUGAUGUUGAUAGAUAUCGUGAGAUGUUGUUGGAGCAACAAACAAAUGUUCCUGGUGAUGCAGCUCAAAGAUAUGUUGUUUUGUCUUCUUUUUUGUCUCAGACAGAGGAGUAUCUUCUCAAGCUAGGAGGAAAAAUAACAGCAGCAAAGAAUAACCAAGAGAUGGAAGAGGCAGCCAAUGCUGCAGCUGCAGCUGCAAGAGCCCAGGGUUUUUCAGAAGAAGAAGUCAAGGCCGCAGCUACCUGUGCAGGGCAAGAAGUUUUGAUUAGAAACAAAUUUUCUGAAAUGAAUGCUCCAAAAGAAAAUUCAUCUGUAAACAAGUAUUAUAAUUUGGCGCAUGCUGUGAGUGAGAGAGUUGUCAGACAACCAUCUAUGUUGAAAACUGGAACUUUGCGAGAUUAUCAGCUUGUUGGGUUGCAAUGGAUGCUUUCCUUGUAUAACAAUAAGUUGAAUGGUAUUUUGGCAGAUGAGAUGGGUCUUGGCAAGACUGUGCAGGUUAUGGCAUUGAUUGCUUACUUGAUGGAGUUUAAAGGGAAUUACGGGCCACAUCUCAUCAUAGUUCCAAAUGCUGUUUUAGUAAAUUGGAAGAGCGAGCUGCUUAAUUGGUUGCCUUCUUUAACAUGCAUAUUUUAUGUUGGCGGGAAAGAUCAGCGUUCAAAACUCUUCACACAUGAAGUUUUGUCUGUGAAGUUUAACGUGCUUGUUACAACUUAUGAGUUUAUCAUGUAUGAUCGUGCAAAGCUGUCUAAAAUUAAUUGGAAUUACAUCAUCAUUGAUGAAGCCCAACGCAUGAAGGAUAGAGAAUCUGUUCUUGCCCGUGACCUUGAUAGGUAUCGUUGCCAGAGACGUUUGCUUCUUACUGGAACUCCUCUUCAGAAUGAUUUGAAGGAAUUGUGGUCCCUCCUUAAUUUACUUCUCCCAGAAGUGUUCGAUAACCGCAAAGCAUUUCAUGACUGGUUUUCUAAGCCCUUUCAGAGGGAUGGUCCUUCACAAAACACUGAGGAAGAUGAUUGGCUUGAAACAGAGAAAAAGGUGAUUAUCAUCCACCGACUGCAUCAAAUUCUGGAACCCUUUAUGCUGAGACGGCGUGUUGAAGAUGUAGAAGGCUCUCUUCCAAGCAAGGUGUCCAUUGUGUUGAGAUGCCGAAUGUCAGCCAUGCAAAGUGCCAUAUAUGAUUGGAUUAAGUCUACUGGUACUAUUAGAGUCAACCCUGAGGAAGAGUUGCUCAGAGUUCAGAGGAACCCAAUGUACCAGAUCAAGAUGUAUAAAAGUCUUAAAAAUAAAUGCAUGGAACUGCGCAAAGUUUGUAAUCAUCCUCUUCUUAACUAUCCGUAUUACAAUGACUAUUCCAAGGACUUCCUUGUGAGGUCUUGUGGAAAACUUUGGAUUCUGGAUAGGAUUCUCUUAAAACUUCACAGGUCAGGUCAUCGUGUCCUUCUUUUUAGCACUAUGACAAAGCUACUUGAUAUAAUAGAGGAAUACUUGCAGUGGCGCAAUCUCAUUUAUAGGAGGAUUGAUGGUACAACAAGCCUAGAAGAUCGGGAGGCUGCAAUUGUGGACUUCAACAGUCCUAACUCUGACUGUUUCAUUUUUUUGCUCAGUAUACGUGCUGCUGGGAGGGGUCUAAAUCUCCAAAGUGCAGAUACAGUUGUGAUAUAUGAUCCAGAUCCAAACCCACAAAAUGAGGAGCAGGCAGUUGCUAGGGCUCAUCGUAUCGGGCAGAAGAGAGAGGUAAAAGUUAUAUAUAUGGAAGCAGUUGUUGACAAAAUAACGAGCUUUCAGCGAGAAGAUGAGAUAAGGAUUGGAGGUGGGGGAGAUUUAGAUGAUGAACUAGCUGGUGAAGAUAGAUAUAUUGGAUCAAUUGAGAGUCUUAUUCGUAACAACAUUCAACAAUAUAAGAUUGAUAUGGCAGAUGAGGUCAUAAAUGCUGGUCGUUUUGAUCAGAGAACAACACAUGAAGAACGUAGAAUGACUUUAGAGACAUUGUUACAUGAUGAAGAAAGAUACCAAGAAACUGUGCAUGAUGUUCCCUCCCUUCAAGAGGUAAAUCGUAUGAUUGCACGCUCUGAAGAAGAAGUUGAGCUUUUUGAUCAAAUGGAUGAGGAAUUUGAUUGGACAGGGGAUAUGGUAAAAUAUAGUCAAGUUCCGAAGUGGCUUUGUGCAGGCACUAAGGAGUUAAAUGCCGUCAAUGCUAGUUUAUCUAAGAAGCCGUCCAAAAACAUGCUGGAAAGCAAUAUUCAUAUGGAUCACACUGAGAUAUUCUUUGGCUCAUCCCUGAAUAAAACUGAGAGAAGGGGCCGUCUUAGAAGUUCAUCAAAUGCCAAAAGUCUUUCCAUUUAUGCGGAAUUUGAUGAUGAAGAUGGUGAUGACUUUGAUGCUAGCUCAGAGGAUUUGUUAGAUGACGGAGAGGCAGAUGGAGAGGGAGAAAUUGGGGAACUUGAAGAAGAAGAGUUUAAUGGUGCAAUUGAUGCACCUCCAAGUAACAAGGAACAAUCAGAUGAAGAAGGAUUAAUUUGUGAGGAUGGUAUUUACAACUCCUCUCAGAUAAUGGAGGGUAACAGAAGCGUUAAUAUGACUGAAGAAGCAGGGUCAACCGGCUCUUCUUCUGGAAGUAAAAAGCUGAUGCAGCCUGUUACCCCUUUUUCAUCUCAAAAGUUUGGAUCACUUUCUGCUUUAGAAUCUAGGAAAUGCCCUCCUUCAAAAAGCACGCCAGAUGAGCUGGAAGAAGGAGAAAUUGCAGUAUCAGGGGAUUCUCAGAUGGAUCUGCAACAAUCGGGAAGUUGGGCUCAUGACCGUGAAGAGGGUGAAGAAGAACAGGUUCUCCAACCAAAAUUUAAACGCAGACGCAGUAUUCGGAUUCGCCCAAGAAAUCAUGUUGAAAGACUUGUAGAGAAAUCCAACAAUCAUAGGAGUUUUUCAGAGCAUGGAUCACAAAUGCUCUUGCAGAUGAAUCAUGAUUAUGAUUUACAAUUGAGGACUGAUCAAGACCUUGAUGUGUUCACUGAAGAUAGGAUGGAUAUGAGCUCUGCUUCACAUAAGAAGAGACGGAAUUUGCCAUCAAGAAAAGCUAUAUCAGUUACGAAAGAAAAUUCUGGUAAAUCAGCUUAUGGUCCUGGUCCUUCUGUACCCGCUGAGGAUGCCACCGAACAUUCCCGGGGUAGUAGUUGGAAUGGGAGGGCUGUUAGCAUUGCCAGUCAAAACUUCAUUGUUUCGAAAAUGCCAGAUAGUACUCAGAGGAAGUGCAAAAAUGUGAUCAGCAAGCUUCAUAGGAAAGUAGACAAAGAUGGCAGUCAAGUUUUCCCCGUCCUAUGUGAUUUUUUGAGGAGGAAGGAAAAUUAUGGUUUUAAGAAUCUUGUGGGAAAGAGUAGUGUUCUCCUAGACCUACAAAGAAUUGAACAACGAGUGGACAAUUUGGAGUAUAAUGGUGUGGCGGACUUCAUAGCAGAUGUACAGUUGAUGUUGAAAAAUGUUGUUCAGUAUUGCAAUUACUCUCACGAGGUGAAGUGCGAAGCUGCAAUGAUUCACGACCUAUUCUUUGACAUCAUGAAGAUUGCAUUUCCAGAGACAGACUUUAGAGAAGCUCGAAAUGCACAUACAUUCUUCAGCCCUGCAGCAACAGGAGCUGCGCCAUCUCCAAGGCAGCCCUCCUUGAGCCAAAGCAGACGACUUCCCCAGAUGGAGACCCGGCCAAGCUCCAGCCCUACCAAGGCUCGGGGUCAUACCUCUGCUGCUCUCCAGGAGGAUCGGCAGGACUUCGGUCCAGCGCACCCCGCAGAUCUUGUCAUCUGCAAGAAGCGGAGGAAUGACAGGGAUAAGCAGCGAGUGGGUCCCUCUUCCCCAGUCACCCCUAGGUGGAUGGGACCGCCCCUGCCCCCGGCGAAUCAAAAUCGUCCAUCUCCUGCUAGGUCUCCAAUAACAAAUAGAAGUACCAGGACUCCUUUCCAGAGGGAUGCUCAUAUGGUUCAUCCUGAUGGAAGCCCGGCCAGUGGUCUAUCUCCAGGUUUGAAAGAGGUUCAGUGGGCCAAGCCUGUUAAGAAAAUGAGGACAGAUUCAGGAAAGAGGAGGCCAAGCCAUUUAUGAUUGUAGGUGAUCAAUUAAAGCUUAGUGGUUCGAAUGGUGGCCUAACUGGUUCAGAGAGGUCAUGCAUCCUGCCCCGACUUUCCCUGUAAUCCUUCAUCACAUUUCUUAUUUAUUUUCACAUACUAGGAGUCGGUUGGGAAUGAAAGAAGGGCUUAGAAAUGUCUAGAUUGUUCGAUUGUUUCUGUAAUUUGGAAGUUGAUAUUCCUAAUGAAACUUCCUAGUGCUCAAACAUUCACACAGGGUGGCAGGCAAUGUAGUUGUAUCAAAAAAAGAGGCAAAAAGAAAAGAAAAAAAAA